AUUUUAGCUUCUUUUUUACUCACACAUACAUCUCACCAAUAUUGUAUUGGAGGAAACUUGAUAAGGAUUUCAAGCCAAAAAACAACAACAACAACAAAAAAAAAAACAAAAAAAAAAAAAAAAAACUUUCAGCAAAAGCUAUGAAGCAAAUGCAUACAACUUGUUGAGAGCAUCAACCCUAUUCCUGUUCUUGGUCAAGGCUGUUCUCUAUUUGCUUUGCCCUGAUUUGUUACCCAGUUUAUUAUCUUCAGGGCCCUCAAUAGGCAGGCCAUCCUCCCAGCCCCAUUCUGUAGCCAAGGCAACUGAGCACAAGGCAUUUUCACACCCAUCCUGAUUCCUUCCCAGCGUGGGGACCCAAAGCCAUCCAUCACGGGUGAAAAGCUGGGGGCUGUGGAGGGCACCCACGCAGGCCUGGGCAGAAUGAAGGGGAAAGCAUCUGAUUUGGUCCAGAAACACCCAUUCAACUUGUAGGCAGAAGGUAAGACAAGACGACCGCAGGAGGACCCGGUAGGUCUCUUUGAGGGGUCCAUGCCACCGACCUGUGCUCUCCAGGGUCCAAAAGGCUGGUGGGGGGUGGCUGGCCUGUUUGCGCUGGAGGCACUUAGUGCAGCCACGCUGAGCCGCACUGUUCAAACAGACUCCCCGGCCUCCAGACACCUGUGCCGAGGAGGACGAGGAGGGCGAGGCAGGCAGGAGGCUGGGCACGGGUCCCCGGGCGCUUCCCGCCUCUCCUCCCAGAGGCAGCCCCGCAGCCCCGGCAGAUUCCCGGCCACACCAUGCCCCAAGCCAGGCUCUGCAGCUGCUGGGGUGGCCGGGUGCUGCCCCUGCUGCUGGCCUACGUCUGCUACCUGCUGCUUGGUGCCACUGUCUUCCAGCUGUUGGAGAAGCAGGCGGAGGCUCAGUCCAGGGACCAGUUCCAGUUUGAGAAGCUGCGCUUCCUGGAGAACUACACGUGCCUGGACCAGCGGGCCCUGGAGCAGUUUGUGCAGGUGAUCAUGGAAGCCUGGGUGAAGGGUGUGAACCCCAAAGGCAACUCCACCAACCCCAGCAACUGGGACUUCGGCAGCAGUUUCUUCUUUGCGGGCACGGUUGUCACCACCAUAGGAUACGGCAACCUGGCGCCCAGCACGGAGGCAGGCCAGGUCUUCUGUGUCUUCUAUGCCCUGGUGGGCAUCCCGCUCAACGUGGUCUUCCUCAACCACCUGGGUGCAGGCCUGCAUGCCCACCUGGCCGCCCUCGAGAGGUGGGAGGAGCAGCCCAGGCGCUCCCAGCUGCUGCAGAUCCUGGGCCUGGCUCUGUUCCUGACCCUGGGGACGCUGGUCAUUCUCAUCUUCCCGCCAAUGGUCUUCAGCCACGUGGAGGGCUGGAGCUUCGGUGAAGGCUUCUACUUUGCCUUCAUCACUCUCAGCACCAUUGGCUUCGGGGACUAUGUUGUCGGUACAGACCCCAGCAAGCAUUACAUCUCGGUGUACCGGAGCCUGGCAGCCAUCUGGAUCCUCCUGGGCCUGGCCUGGCUGGCUCUGGUCCUCCCACUGGGUCCUCUGCUUCUGCACAGGUGCUCCCAGCUCUGGCUGCUCAGCAGGGGACUCGGCCUCAAGGAAGGGGGAGCCCCCGAGAUGGAAGGGGUCCCCAGACCUCAGAAGACCCCCAUCUCUGCAUGAGGUCUCCAGC